UUUGAUUGAGUCUUACAUUUGGUCUCUCUCACUCAGUGUCUCUCCACUGCCACUAGAAGUGAACCUUGAUUGCCAUUUCUGUGCCAUGAACCUAACCUUUACCUUCAUCACCACACCCAUCACUCUCCACCCCAUCUUCCUGGGGUGCCCCAUUCCCUGAGAGCCAUGCCUUCCUCCCCCAAGUCCUUCGCCGCCUCCCACACGCGCCACCCCUUCGCCACCCGCAGAUCCACCCUCUUCCUCCUCCUCUCCGCCCUCCUCCUCCUCCUCCUCGGAAUCGCCGCCCUCGCCGCCCAGAUUCGCGCCUCCCGCUGCGUCCCCGCGCCGCCCCGAUCGGUGCGCGUCGUCUGGGAGCACGCCGGCUCCGGCGCCACCGGCGGAGGCGGCGAUGGGGACAGGCACAAGGUGAUGGGGUUUGUGGGAAUUCAGACCGGGUUCGGAUCCACCAGGAGGAGAGAGGCCUUAAGGAAGACGUGGUUUCCCUCUGAUCGCCAAGGACUUCAACGGUUGGAAGAUGCCACUGGGUUGGCUUUUAGGUUUAUCAUUGGUAGAACAAGUGAUAGAUCAAAGAUGUCUGCGCUUCAGAAGGAAAUAGCAGAAUAUGAUGAUUUUAUUCAGUUGGAUAUCCAAGAGGAGUACAGUAAGCUCCCAUACAAAACGUUAGCUUUCUUCAAAGCUGCUUAUGCACUUUUUGAUGCUGAGUUUUAUGUCAAAGCUGAUGAUGACAUAUAUUUAAGGCCAGAUCGUCUAUCAUUACUACUGGCCAAAGAGCGAUCUCACCCUCAGACAUACAUAGGAUGCAUGAAAAAGGGACCUGUUUUCACUGAUCCAAAGCUCAAAUGGUAUGAGCCACUGUCAUAUUUGCUUGGAAAGGAGUAUUUUCUUCAUGCUUAUGGUCCAAUAUAUGUUCUUUCGGCUGAUGUUGUCUCAAGCUUGGUUGCUCUAAGGAAUGACAGUUUUCGGAUGUUCAGCAAUGAGGAUGUUACUAUUGGAGCUUGGAUGCUUGCGAUGAAUGUCAAUCAUGAGAAUAACCAUGAACUUUGUGCGACAGACUGUACAGCCACAUCUAUUGCUGUGUGGGAUCUUCCUAAGUGUUCAGGCCUCUGUAAUCCCGAAAAGAAAAUGUUGGAACUCCAUCAAAAGGAGACCUGUUCUAAGAGCCCAACUCUGGAAUCGGAUGAUGAAUAGAAUUUGUGGGUAUAAUACAAAGCAAAGUAGGCUCAGAAGGUAGUGAAGGAAUUAUUGCUCUUGUUAUUGCUUACUGCCACGGGAUGCUACCACGCCAUUCUUUUGAUUUUGCUAGUUCUCCUUUCUUCCAGUCAUUAGAAGAGAGGUGGUUGUGUUUUAUUAUUUCCUUAGUUUUCUUUCUCUUUCAGUCGUAAUUUGCCCCCUUGUAUACUUGGAGAGGUUAGCAUUGUCCCAUAUUAAGAAGGUUCCUUAGGGAAGGUUUUUAUAUAUACCACAUGAGAGAAUAGAUAGACUUCACAGAUGAUGAGAUCAAGAGAAUUGUUAAUUUACUGAUAUCCUUAUAUUAGUGUCAUUCUUUUUGGGGAUUAUACAUAUUCUGAUUCAUGUUGUACUAAAAAAAUGGGAGUUUUGAAUGA